AACUGUUACCAAUCAAGCUGUUCACAGUCGUUUUCGUUUCGCUUAAGGACGUGGACUUGAAAGAUAAAAGCAAAAAUGAAGUCCAUUCUCAUUUUGUCGUGUGUUAUAGCAACAGUGUAUUCUGGGCCCAUCGCCCAAGAAGACUCGGUUCUUAAAUUAGUCACCAGCAACUUUGUGAAUUGUAUGAAUAGUGAUUUAAAUUUGUGCUUGAAGGAACAUGCACUUAAAGCCACUGAACGUCUCGGCUCAGUUCGUAAGCUGAACAUCAUCGAAGGUCUUACCAUUUACAACAAUGGCCCACGGGAAUCUAGAAGCUUCGAAGCUUUAUCCUCAGAACCCGAAGAAAGAAACAAGCAACUGACUGAAAGACUAUGGGAGAGUACCACGGAUCUGUUGCAGAAGAGCGAUUUGGAAGUCAGCUUUGCUGGUGGUGAUGAUGAAGAGGAAGAAUCUCGGUCUAUUGACGAUGCUGUUGAAGAAAGCCGUGGAAAGAAGAAGAAGCAGCUCAAGAAGAAGUUGAAACUCCUCAUUCCCCUCGCUAUCCUCGCUAAAGUGAAAGCUGUAGCCCUCGUCGUCAUCGCUCUCCUGGUAAUCGCCGCAUCACUCUUCAAGCUGGCCGUUCUCGCCAAGAUCGCCUUCAUUGCCAAGGUCAUUGCAAUCAUUAAAGCCUUGAUCGCAAAGAAGCACGCGCAAGAAGAACACACCUGGGUGUCUCAUGAGGAGCACCCUCAAAUUUCCCACGGAGGUUGGGGCGAGCAAGGUGGUGGUUGGUCGCGCUCGAGGACGGAAGCCAACAACUUGGCCUAUUCCGCCUAUCAACAGUAAACCAAAUAAUUAGGUUGUGUGAAUGUUAAUUUAUUAGUAUGUGUGUGAUGGCGAUUCUUGUUUAUAAUUCAUGUCUUUUUUUAGUUUACAUGAUUGUUUAUGUGAUAUUAUCUGUAUGUAUUCUACGUAUAUUAUAUUUACUAUAUCGUAUUUUAAAUAUUACCAUUACUUUAUGUAUAUAACAGUAUAUAUUUAUUGUAUAAAUACUUCUUAUAUAUGUACUAUCUAUCAUUGACUCUAUAGUUAUGUAUAUUUAUGUAGUCUAUGUAAACCUUAUAUACGUAUUUAUAAUAAUAACUUUUAUAGUAUUCAUAUAUAUGUAUAUAUUAAUUUCACGGUCUUGAUCUCUUGUUUUUUGUUUUUUGUUAUUUAUAUAUUUGUCUAUUAACAGUAUUUUGCUGAGCCAGUAUCGUGUAUCACGAGUUUGAAUGUGAAUUAUUUAUUGUUUGUAUUUCAACAAUAGUCAUAAAUAAAAUUUAUCUGCAUUA